AUGGAAGUUUUGAAAGAAAAUGUGAAGAAAUUAAAGCCUAAAGAAAGUUAUUGUACUUUGAUGUUUGAUGAGGUGAAUUUAAGUACAGAAAUUCACUACAACGAAGCACUAGGACGGAUAGAUGAAUUUGAAAAUAAUGGUCAUUUCACCACACAGCAAUUCGCAGAUCAUGCACUUCUAUUCAUGGUAAAAGGUAUUACAAAAAAUUUUAAGCGACCAAUAGCAUAUACAUUUGUAAAAGGAGCCACAAAUAAGCACCAAUUAUGUGCAUUGAUUAAAGAAGUAGUUUCUAGUGUUCAAAAUACAGGUCUUGAAAUCAUUGCCACAAUUUGUGAUCAAGGCGCUACAAAUGAAGGAGCAAUAAGAUUGUUACAUGAAGAAACUAAAGCUUACUACUUGAGAAAAAAUGAUCAAUACAAAGACGAUUUUUAUGAAAUUAUAUAUGGUCCUUCUGAACUAAAAAAAAGGAUUAAAAUAAUUCAUUUGUUUGACCCCCCACAUCUUCUCAAGGGUAUCAGGAAUAAUCUUCUUCAAAAAAAUUUGUUGUUUGUAACGGAUAAUGUCAAAAAGGAAGCUCAGUAG